CUUUCUUUGAAAUGGGUAUUUAGCUAACGUGUAUAUAUAGCCUUAACCACUAUCAUGACGACUGAAAGAAUCAGUGAACAGCUCCACGAAAAUGGAGAUUAUGACAGACUGGCUAGUGAUUUAGAAUACAAGUUGGAGACUUGCGGAUGGGCGUCGCAGUUGCGAGACUAUACAAGAGGCAUUGCACGAGAAAAUACGGGAAUUGAUUUUAAAAAACUGUAUGAAAUUACUUUGCAAACAGCCACCGAAAGUAUACCAGAUUCUAUUAAAAUGGAAAUUAUGAAGGACAUCAAGUCUAGUGUUUUAAAAUUGGCAUCUCCUAGUGAGGGUUCAGAAAACCAAAAAACAUAAUUUAUUAUAAUUUUAUUGAAAUCUUUCAAAAAUGUUUUUCCCUGGACACCACAUGGUUGUCGCUCUUGGACAGAAGAAGAAAGUCUUGGUUCUACAAAAAUCAAGCUAGAACGAAUGAUAUGAAAAGUCUUCUAUAUCUAUGUUUAUGAACGUCAUUCAGUGGUUUGCAAUACCAAAGUUACAGAGACUGUUUGAGAGAUACAUGAUUCCCAACUUAAAAUUUUGAAUGUUUCUAUCAGAAGUAUAAGAGAAUAUAAAUGCUUCUCUGUGACGGAAAUUCAGCGACUACCAUGAGAGCUUCAAGACCAUCUUUCAUGGUUCUUUUUUACUUUCCCUGAGAUGCAAAACGCGUUUUUGGUUGCCAGCCUGUUCUUCGAGAAGCCUAUAUCAUUUUCACUAUAAAGUUUUGUAUCCUACAGACGGGAUCUACUUGUCUCUGAGAAUUGGAUAGCAUGAUGAUAACUGCUUACUGAGCAUGAAACCGAUACCUUUAAAAUUCAGUUGUCUACAAUGCGACAAACUGUGUUUUUCUUUUUUCAUUGAUAUUUGUGUCUACGCAGUAUGCUAUUUUUUCCUAUCUAUGGCUAUGUAACAAACUUACAAUGAGCUUACAGGAGCGAAUGGAUUCCUUCUUACCUCAAAAUGGACCAGAUAAUUUUAAAAAAAAAUAUAUAUAUAUAGUCGAUGUAUAUGGAAGUGUGAAGCUCAAUUUAGAUGGAUAAGUAUUGGAUUCCGUAUUAUAAUCUACCUUUGAACUAUCCACAGAAAAAAAAAAAUUUCAUUAGAAUCAAUCUAUCGUUGCAUCCGAGGCUAUCAAAAAUCCGAAUAUUGAUAAAUUGAUUUUAUUGAUUACCAUAGAAAGAAAAUAAAUAUCUAAAAAGAAGAUGGAUAUACUAUUUCGUUCACAAUCCUUGAAAAUCUACUAAUAAUAAAGAAAGAAGACAUUCACCAAAC